AUGACGGGGGCAGUGGUCCAGCAACUGACCACUGGUCAAGCUCGCGAGCCGCUGCGGGCUUUUGCUGCUCGCCUUCGCUCGCGGCUGCGGGUGCGCUGCGACAAUGCAGCAGAGCGGCUGCUGCCUGCUGCGCUGCAGGGGGGCCUUUUUGCUGCUGCCCACAAAAGGGUUCGCCGGGCGCAGCAGCGCAUUCGCCACGUCAACAGACUCACGCAGCUUGUGGGCCAAUUUGAACUGUCAGCUUCGCGGUGGUCUUUUUUGCUUUCGCGAGCCAUAUCUUGUUUGGAGCAGCUGCAGCAGCACGCCGUUGCUGCUGCUGCAGCCACGCCACCAGCAGCAGCAGCAGCAGCAGCAGCAAAAACAGCAGCAGCAGCCUCAGCAGCAACGCCGGCAGGCUCGGCCGCAGGCUGGUCUGCGGGCGGCUCUGCUGCAGUGCCCUCUGUUGCUGCUGCUGCAGCAAACGGGUUUCCUGCUGCUUACGCGCAGCUGAUCCACGCCCCGCUGCAGCUGCUGCUGCUGGGCCUCAAAGCCUGGGCAGCAGCUGUGGGGCCUGGGGCCCGCAGGCAGCAAGCAGCAGCAACGGAGCAGCAAGCAGCAGCAGCAGAGCAGCAAGCUGCAGCAAACGUGCGGCAAGCAGCAGCAAAUGGGCAGCAAACAGCAGCAGCCGAGCACGCUGCGGCAGCAGAGCAGCAAACAGCUGCAGCGGAGCAGCACGCAGCAGCAGCAAAGCAGCACGCAGGGGCAGCAGAGCAACACGCAGCGAAAGCAGAGCCGCAGACAGCAGCAGCAGAGCAGCACGGGGCAGCAGCAGAGCAGCACGCAGCGGCAGUAGAGACGCAAACAGCAGCAGCAGAGCAGCACACAGCAGCAGCAGAGCAGCAAGCAGCAGCAGACGCAAAUGGGCCCCCAGCGAAGUCCCCAGCGGGGGCCCCACAGGGGGCCUCCCCGCAGGGGCCCCCGCGGGGGGGCCCCCAGGGGGCCCCUGAGGAGGCCCUGUGGGGGCCCCCAAAAGGGGCCCCGGAGUCCCCGGGGGCCCCCGCGGGGGGCCCCCCCCGAGGGGGCCCCCCCGGCGGCAGCAGAUGA